GGGGGGGGUUGUCGCGUCUCAGGAGCUGCAAUGGCGGGGGGCUGGGCCGGGUUCUCGGAACAGGAUCUUCGGCGACUCCAAGGGCAAGAACUCAAAGAUCCAUGUGAGCAUCCUCCUGAACAGCAUCGGCUGCCUUCUGUAAAUAGAAAUCGCCAGCAUCUGCAGUGUAAAAAAGCAGUCAAGCCGAUACGUAAGAAAAUGGAAUUGCUGGAUGGAUCAUCGACCUUGCCACCUUCAGAGCAAAGGCUUUCAGGGCCCAAGCUGAAUUGCUCAUCUCCACAAACAUCUGUAUCACCAUCUCUGUCAACAGGAGAACAACAAAAUACCAGCAAUCAACAGGUUCAAUCUGGACUUGAAGUAGCACAACUCAAAAAACCUUGUAAUGGUGAAUCCCCUGCAGAGUCAUGUCAUAAAUUGGGGGAAAAGAAAAUGGAACUGCAGGAGAGGUCACGGUGGCAGAUCCUUCAGGAGGAACAGAAGCUUAUGGAAGAAAAGAACAAACGCAAGAAAGCCCUCCUGACUAAAGCAAUUGCUGAAAGAUCUAAAAGAACUCAGGCUGAAACAGUGAAGUUAAAGCGUAUCCAAAACCAGCUUCAAGCUCUAGAUGACAUGGUAUCUGCUGAUAUUAGAAUCCUGAGAAAUAAGAUUGACCAGGCAAGCUUGGAUUAUUCAUAUGCUCGGAAGAGAUAUGACAAGGCAGAAACUGAGUAUGUGGCUGCAAAACUGGAUUUUCAAAAGAAAACUGAAGUCAAAGAACAGCUCACAGAGCAUUUGUGCACAAUCAUACAACAAAAUGAGCUUCGAAAGGCACAAAAACUGGAGGAGUUAAUGCAACAGCUGGAAGUAGAGGCAGAUGAAGAGAAUCUGGAACUUGAGAUAGAGGUGGAGCAGAUGUUGCAACAGCAGGAUUUAGAAGCUAAAAGGCAAAUGGAAUCACAGAAGUUUGCUCCUGUUGAUAUUGGAAAUUCCAUUCCUCAGACUACCAGUAAUGAACAGGGGAACCAAAGCCACAUGGUUUCAGAAAUAUUAGUGGCACAGACCACAUAUUCCCACACAAAUGCCCAAGGUCAAACAAUAAACUCUGUUUUAGAAGAGACGAUGGUUCAUACAUCACAGGAGGAUUGACUCUAUUAAACUAGCCCAUUGCUGUUCUCUUUUCACUAAUAUGGUUUAGACUUUGGCAGCUCCCAUUCCAUUGUUAGAAGACACCUCUGAAGCAUAGCUUGUGAUAACACUAAUCCUUUCCAUGAAUCACCGGUUUAUUUGCAUGAUCCAUGUUUCCUUCUUGCUUACCUUCUCUGAAUUGCUGUCAUCAAGCAAAUGGAAGGAGAGUGGAAAGAAAAACACAUCAGUAGUAUAGUUGUUACAUUUCAAAAAACCAAACCAGUUGUGUAAGGUAUGAAGACGUCUGUGACACAAGGUCAAAUUAGAUCAUACUUUCAUGACUGGCUUUUGACUCUUCUAAUGUUCAAUGGGCAUUUCUUCAGUGCCAGCACAAUUAGAUGAGAAGACUAAAGCAAUUGGUAAAUUCUGUCAGUAGAAGUGAUUAAGAAUAGUGAAGAGUACAACACAAAUCUAUUCUCUGAGGGUUGGCCUUUCCCAGUGCACUGCCCUCUUGGGGAAUUGGACUGUUUCUUUCAGUAUUCCACUCUGCCUAGGACUGAUGAGAUUUGACGUUUGAAAUAUGUGAAGAUUACUAGGAUGGAAAACCUAAGAUGAAAUGAUUGCACCUUAUUUUGUGUAACUGAUGCUUGUAUGUAGAUUUUUACAAGGCUUAUUCCUCUGCAAGGUUUGUGAAGUCAUCUGCUGGGGAGAUUUUUUAAGAAGCUGAACUUUCCUACUUGUGUUCUGAGGCUCCCAUGACUCCUGUAUACAGUGGUGCCUCGCUAGACGAUUGCCUCGUGAGAUGAAAAACCCGCAAGACGAUCACUAUGG